CACAACAGUGUCUGUUUUGAAUGAGUUCACUUGGAUGGGAAAGCUUCACUGUGCUGACGUUUUUCGUUUGCUGUACAUGUGGCAUAUAUUACUAAAAGCUCUCCUGGAGAAAGAUAACACUUGUAUUAUGAACACCAAAACUUCCCUGCUGGGUUAGUCACGCUAAAAUACCACAGAUUUGUAUCGAGUGAAGGCAAUUAGAAAUUGGUCCUUAAAACAUGACGGAUCUGAGGAUAGUCUUUGCGAAAUCUUUGUUCGUUUUUUUAUGUUGUACUUUGAGCGAAGUUUCGUCUGAUGACUUGAAAGUCUUAACGAUUGGUUCCUAUUCACCAUUAAGCGGACCUUGCUGGGACGGUGGAUUUGCUGUUAAGUUGGUAAUGGAUUUAGCUCUGAAACAAAUCAAUAACCGAAAAGAUGUCUUACCUGGAUAUAGACUGGAGAUGGUAUUGAACGAUACAAAGUGUGACCCUGGAGUGGGAAUGCAUAUGCUAUACGACCACAUCUACAAAGAGCCGAACAAAAUAAUGCUUCUCGGGGCAGCUUUCUCUCCAGUCUCUCAGCCGAUAGCCGAAACCGCUAAAUUUUGGAAUUUAGUACAGGUGUCCUACGCGUCCACGUCUCCAGCUUUAAGCAACCGUGAACUUUACCCUCGAUUUUUCCGCACUAUUUCGUCAGACUUAGCGUUCAACCCAGCACGUGCCGCGCUCUUGUCCAAGUACGAUUGGAAAAGAGUCGCCACACUACAUCAGAACGAACCAUCGGGAAUAUUUUCACAGCCCACAAAAGAACUGCAUAAGCUACUUGCUAAAAUGAAGGUUGAGGUUGUAGCAGGAGAAAGCUUCACCGGGAAACCAGCUCGCCAGUUAGCGAACAUCAUGGAAAAAGGAGCGAGGAUCAUCAUCGGAAGUUUCUACGAGUCUGGUGCGAGACAAGUUUUCUGCGAGGCUUACAAAAAACAAAUGUUUGGCGAGCGAUUCGUAUGGAUAAUCAUCGGGUGGUACGAUGACAAUUGGUGGAAGAAACGACUGGAUGAGGAGAAUGUCGAUUGCUCUCCAAGUGAGAUGAGCCAGGCAGUGAAAGGAUAUCUUGCGACAGAUCAUAUGAAGCUCAAUGAAGAUGACAUAACUUCUCAGAACAAGACUAUAUCUGGCUGGACUGCUCAACAAUAUGCAAAUAAAUUCAAGAACUUAACUAACAUAAGCGCAGUUCACGAGUCCUCUUUUGCAUAUGACGCGACCUGGGCGAUCGCUUUGGCCCUCAACAAAUCCAUACAGCGGCUUGCAGACCGUGGGAAAUUUUUGGAAAAUUUCACUUACACAGACAAAGAAAUGGCAGACGUCGUUCAAGAAGCGCUUAAGAAUACCAGCUUUUUGGGUGUUACGGGUCCCGUGUCCUUCACAGAGAAUGGAGAAAGAAUUGGAUACAUCCAAAUCGAACAGCUACAAGGUGUUGAAAGCAAACGAGUUGCUGUCUACGACCCCGCCACUGAUUCUGUCAUCAUGAAUAAGAAAGAACCUAUUAGGUGGCAAGGCUCUGGACCACCACGAGACCGUACUAUCACGAGCGAGAAGCUGAAAUUCAUUUCUAGAGCACUCUAUGGCUUCAUGGCAACUUUAGCUGUUCUUGGAAUUUUCCUUGGACUUGUGUUUCUCCUAAUAAACUUUUGGUAUCGAGAAAGAAGGAUAAUAAAGAUGUCUAGCCCUCGCCUCAACAACGCUAUCGUGGUGGGUUGCAUGAUGACUUAUUUCUCAGUGAUUCUAUUUGGAUUGGACGGCGGCUUGAUAUCUACUGAGGAAUACGGGAAAGUCUGCAUUGCUCGGGCUUGGGUCAUGUCCAUUGGCUUCACUCUAGCAUUUGGUGCAAUGUUCGCUAAAACAUGGCGUGUCCAUGCCAUCUUUAAAAGUAUAACUCCCAAGAAGAAGGUUAUUCGUGAUGAGCAUUUGUUCCUGAUAGUUGGAGCCAUUGUGUUGUUAGAUAUUCUUCUCUUGUCUUUGUGGAGUGGGAUCGAGCCAAUGCACACAGGCUAUCAGAGAUUUAUAGAAGAGAUGCGACUGGAGGACGAUACGGAAAUCAUUCCUAAGCUGGAGCAUUGUGAAUCGAAGAACCUUUCUUAUUGGCUGGGAGCUGUGUACGCUUUCAAAGGCCUCCUACUGGUCUUUGGAGUCUUUCUCGCGUGGGAAACACGCGCGGUUACAAUUCCAGCCUUGAACGACUCGCGUUAUAUUGGGAUGUCUGUUUAUAAUGUUGUAAUACUCUCUAUUCUCGGAGUGGCUAUCACCUCCGUUAUUCGAGAUCAUCAAGAUGCAACGUUUGCCAUAACAGCCGUAUUUAUCAUUUUUUGCACAACUCUGACCCUCUGUUUUGUAUUUGUGCCAAAGGUUAUACAGCUGUGUUCACCUGAUGGUGGAAACGAGGCUAGCAAUACACGCAAAAGCACUGCCAAUAAUCCAGAUUCUCUUUCAACCAUGGACAAGAAUGCAGUGAAUAUGACCACGGAAAACUCAAAGCUAAAGAAACAGUUGGCCGAGCGGGAGCAACACUUUAUGGAUCUGAAAAGACUUUUAGAGACCGUAGCACCAGACUUAAUUGACGAUAAAGAGAAGAAAUUUAAGAAGAGGCAGUCAUUGGUGACAUUCAGAAAACCCGAACCGUCCUACACCAAUGAUAACUACGAGUCCGACGAGCGAAUUUCAAGUGACAAGGGCUCAGGAAAGAAGACGACAAACUCUUCUGAUAGUGGAGUGAAAAUUUAACAGAAAAUACGACCGAAGCGUUCAAUGAGUUGGUCGAAAAGCUAGAAUACACCCAACCAAGAAAAAACAUAGCUUGGUUUCCCUGAAUAGUUUCCAGCUUUUUAUAGAGAGGAUAGAAGUAAAAACGCACCGCAUACGCUCUGUUUUUUUUCAACAUCUGACGGAUGAUAUGUGAAUACAUUUAUGCCACAAGUUAUAAAACGAAGACGUAUGUUUUCCUUUAGAGGACUGCCUUGCAUUAUUUAUAUUAUAACCAUUCAAAUAGAUUCCAGAGUCUGAUCUGUAACAAAUUGCAUUCACAAUCCUUA